AUGCCUCAGUACAAUUACGACACGACAGGCGAGCAGGUUGCCGCAGACUGCCAAGCCCAGAUCGAGGACAAGACCGUGCUCGUCACCGGCGCCAGCCCAGGCGGACUCGGAGCGGCCUUCGCCGCCAUAGUCGCCCAGUACAAGCCGGCCUGCUUCAUCCUUACAGCGCGCACCGCGGACAAGGCGCAGGAGACGGCCGCGGAGAUCGCCCGCAUCGCCCCAGGGGUCCGCACCCACUGCGUCGCCCUCGACCUGUGCUCCCUGGAGAAGGUGCGCGCCGCGGCGGCCGAGAUCGACGCCCUCUGCGAGCGGGUAGACGUGCUGGUCAACAACGCGGGCAUCAUGGGCGCCAAGGAGUACACGCAGUCCGCGGACGGCAUCGAGAGCCACUUUGCCGCCUGCCACGUCGGGCAUUUCCUUCUCACCAACCUCUUGCUCUCCAAGGCUCUGGCCCCCGAGGCUAGUGCGGAUGCCCCGAGGAAGAUCAGGGUUGUCAACGUGGCCAGCGACGGCUACCGCCUGGGCCCGGUCCGUUUCGAAGACUGGAACUUUGACGAUGGAAAGACGUACAAUCGCUGGUUCGCGUACGCCCAGGCCAAGUCAGCCAACAUGCUCUUCUCGCGCUCGCUCGCCCAGAAGCUCGGCAAGCGAGGUGUGACCUCGAUCAGCCUGCACCCCGGGUACAUCAUGACCGGGCUGACAAAGAAUCUCGCAUGGGAGGACUUUGGAGAACUUGACCUCAACGGGUCGUUCUUGACCGACGGUAAGGUGGUGGACGUGAAGCAGAUACACUCUUGGGGCAGGGAUCCCAUUGACGCUGAGAAGCUCUGGACACUGAGCGAGGAUCUUGUGUCUCAGAAGUUUGCUUAUUGA